GAGUUGUAGUUCGACCCGCUCACGCCGGCGCUGCUGUGGGCUCGGCGCCGGCCUUUGUCUGUCUGCGGGCGCGCGCCGCUGCGGUGUUCAAGAAUAGCCCAUGGAAGAAUCAUAUGAAGAAGUGGUGAUUAAGGUCAUACAGCAGGCGUGGACAUGUUUGGAUUUCCAACAGCUACCCUGCUGGACUGUCAUGGAAGAUAUGCGCAGAAUGUAGCAUUUUUCAAUGUGAUGACAGAAGCCCACCACAAAUAUGAUCACUCUGAGGCCACAGGAUCCUCAAGCUGGGAUUUCCAGAAUUCUUUCAGAAGAGAGAAGCUGGAACAAAAAUCCCCAGAUUCUAAGACACUACAGGAAGAUUCACCUGGAGUGAGACAGAGGGUCUAUGAGUGUCAGGAAUGUGGAAAAUCCUUCAGGCAAAAGGGUAGUCUAACCUUGCAUGAGAGAAUCCACACUGGUCAAAAGCCCUUUGAGUGUACCCAUUGUGGAAAAAGCUUCAGGGCCAAAGGCAAUCUUGUUACACAUCAGCGAAUACACACAGGAGAGAAGCCCUAUCAGUGCAAGGAGUGUGGGAAAAGCUUUAGUCAACGAGGUAGUCUGGCUGUUCAUGAAAGACUCCAUACUGGACAGAAACCCUAUGAGUGUGCUAUUUGUCAGAGAAGCUUCAGGAAUCAAAGUAACCUUGCUGUUCAUAGAAGAGUUCACAGUGGUGAAAAGCCCUAUAGAUGUGAUCAGUGUGGAAAAGCCUUCAGUCAGAAAGGAAGCUUAAUUGUUCACAUCAGAGUCCACACAGGCCUGAAACCCUAUGCCUGCACACAGUGCAGGAAGAGUUUCCACACCAGGGGCAAUUGUAUCCUGCAUGGCAAAAUCCACACAGGAGAGACACCCUAUCUGUGUGGCCAGUGUGGGAAAAGCUUCACUCAGAGAGGGAGUCUGGCUGUGCACCAGCGAAGCUGCUCACAAAGACUCACCCUUUGACCACCCUCUUCAAAGGAAGUUCUCUUUAUGAAUUAAAAGUUAAAAAACCCUCAGAUCAAGCAACCUAUCCAAUUCUAUGGAAUGAAUGGAGACUUUCAGAAAGACCAUCAUUGGGUAGGGAAAACUGACUUUUCUCCUUUCCCCCAAAUGAGUAUGAAAAAUAAAUGUCUUGUUUAUUAUCAUUAU